CGAAAAGCAAACAAAUGUUUUAAACUUCCCGGAAAUGGAACAGACAGGCCUUAAAAAUCGUUCUACAAAUAGAGGAAAAUAAACACACAUGCUGCUCAGUGUAGGCCGAACGGACAACGGGCGCGUAAGUGGAAGCACAUUGCAAAAUGUUCAAACUUUGUUUGGUUCCCAUUACGAUCAUUCUUCUCGUUGGGCUCAGCACGAUAAACUGUUUCAUGACACUCAUACCGGUAUUGAACAGAAUCGUAUGUAAGUUUAAUGACCGAGUUAUCAAUAUCACACACGCCUUCGAACAACCGGAAUCCAUUACCAACCAGAGUGUCACGUUCGAGAUGGAAAUGGUCCGUGAGUUGAAGGAAAUGAAGAUGACAAUCGCCUACUACGCUGUCAAUGGCGAUACGAUUAACCGCAUCCUCAAGCGUACCGUCGAUGUGUGCACGUACGUGAAGCGUCCAGCCGCCGAUCGGCUCGUGAAGGUGAUUUACGAUCACAUCGAACGCAACAAUCGCAUACCGACGGUGUGUCCGAUCCCUUCGCACGAUAAGUAUUACAUACGGCAUCUGCGGCCAGCUUCCAUACGCAUACCAGCCUUUCUGCCCGAGAGUAGCUUUAUGUUCGACACGAAUUUCCAUACCGGCGUACUGUUUGAGCCGAUGGUCGAGGUGCGUUAUCAUGGGCGGUUGGUGCGGGUCAUGAACAGUGAGCUUUCUUGAUUUCGAUAAGGCGUUUAGAAUAGGAGUAUGGAUGAUU